AGCGUGACGAACUCGCCAACUUUGUAUCCAAGAACAAGCACCAAGAAACAAUGGUGGGCUCAUCCGCUUCUGCUGAGAGACAGCAAAUCGUUGAAACUCACAACUCGUACGGAGCUAAUCCAAGCAAUCUCUUGUUUGAGCCAGCAGCUAGCUCAUUAGGACCACUAACUUUUCAAACCAUCCAAACAUAACCACUAUCCGAAAUGGACAUAAUGCAAUUGACUGAAACAGCGGCAAGUGCGGUUGAAGAACUCAAGCGCCUGUUCUUUACUGAGGAAGCUUUUUGGGUUAAAUCGUCUAUCGAUGGAACUUAUGUGUUUGGUCAAGAGAGCUAUGAGAAGUUCCCGCAUGCGAUCAAACAUUUCACGAGCUUGAGUGGUCGCGUCGAGUCUUCCAAACAUGUCAUUGUGGUUUCUAUAGAAGCAACAAAUUUGAUCGAAAUAUUUGUAGAUUCGGAGAAAUGGAAAAAUCUCUUUCCAUCUAUCGUGAACAAGGCCACGGCGAUUCAUAUGCUUGGAUCCGAGCUUCUCAUAAAAGAAAACUGCAAUGUCUUGCAAGUGGUAAUGUGGAUAGAGCAUGUGGAAGUGAACCACAAACCCGAUACACAUCCGAUGUAUAGAGAGCUUUUAUGUGGCGGCUCAUCAGGGUAUGACGCUAAGCGUUGGAUCGUCACACUAGAGAGGAUGUGUGAGAGGAUGGCUCUCUCCUCCAUCUUAAGCAUUCCCGCUACUGACUGGAGCGAAGCUAUAAAGACAGAAGAAGGAAGAAGGAGUGUAAUGAAAUUAGGGGAAAGAAUGUUGAAGAACUUCAACAAAAUGUGGACCAUGUCCGAUAAAAUUGACUUUCCUCAACACUCGAAAUGUGGAGUCAGAAUCUCGCUCCGGGUGAACAAUGAGGCCCGUCAACCACACGUUUUAGUUGUCAGAGCUGCGACUUGUCUCUCAAUCCCUCGCACUCCUUUGCAAUGGGACGUUCUUUGCAAUGGAAACAGAGCCUCUGAGAUCGCUUGCGUUUUCACCGGCUCUAGUGAAACCAACCGCCCCACCGUUCUCCGGCCUCGGAAAACAGAGAACAAUGGCAUAUCUAUGCCACAAUUCUCACUUAAGGAUGACAUGGUGAUGCUACAAGACUGUUACAUGGAUGCACUAGGAGGCGUGAUAGCGUACGCUCCUCUCGACUUGACGGCAAUGAAUAUCUCUGCCUCCGGCAAAGUUGACCUGCCAGAAUUCCAAUCCUUCCAUCUGAUCCUUGUCUCUGAUGAAAUCGACAGGCCGAAAGAAGUGAAUGAGAAGUUAGUGGCCAUAGUGAGUGUUUUGGUGAGCUCCACUAUUCGAAGGAUCAUGCUCUUGCUCAAUUGUCCUGAUCAUGCUUGA